AUGAAUGGCGUUCGCAAACUUUGGGGAGGUGGAAGCUCGUCUACCACACCAUCAACCCUGCCCUCUUCCGAAGGUUCUCCUCUUACGACAACCCCGGGACUUUUCAUCAAGAAAAACAAGAAGCAGUCAUCACUAGCAUCUAUCACUGACGCUGGGAACGGUAACGACGUCAACGGCUCAGACCGUUCGAUAUCACCUGCUUCAUCCCGAGUCACUUCCCCUUUACGGAAACCAGUCCCAACUCCAACUCCAACCCCAGUCCCAGGUCCCUCAUCUCCAAGAAUUUUACCCCCCUUACAACCAAGAACGUCUACCGCUUCAGGAUGGAAACGCACCUCAGGAUUACUCAAUAUAAGAGACGACCUCCUCAUGAGUCUUCUCACAAGCGAAGCAGUCGUAGAAAGCCGUGAAUGUGAGAUCUUGAGCGGAGAAGAAGUCGAAGAACUCAAAAAGGAACAACAAAUUCUCAAGAUUCGAGUCACUGCAGCACAGAGAAAGCUCAAGUUGGAAACAAAGAUCCGUGAUGCAGCUCUAUCUCUUUCAAAAGUGAACACUGCGCACAAGAGAGUAUCAAAAGCCACAGACGACCAGCUAGAUGCUGCAGAACGUAGAGUCAACACUGCGCAGAUGGAGUUAUGGCGCGUUUCAGAACGAGCAAACGAAGUCGAACGAAAGCUUUUGGAACAUCGUGCAGGCGUGCUUGGUUUCUCUGUCUCCAAGAUGGAGAGAAAAAUGAUGCCUAGUGGGGAUGCAUCGGGUAUGAACACGCCAAGUAGGAGUUCGGUCUCUAGCCCCGUUGCAACUACCUCUCCACCACCGAGAGCGCGAUUCGAUGGUGCACACCUAUUUGCAGGCCACGCCGACGCAGCAAAUACCCAAAGCCCCACCAUCCCAUCGCGAACCAGAAACAAGCCUGAGAUGGCGCGUGAAUUAUCUCACCUCCGUCUCGAGAAGGAACAGGUUGAAACGACGAUGGGUAUGGAACUUCAGACUGCUGAGGAAACUGUUGCUGCACUAGAGCAAGAAUUUCCGCGUCUCGAGGAACUGAAUGCGAAAUGUCAGGAAUUACUCGAGGAACGUGCACAGUGGGAAAAGGACAAAACUCAGUUGGCUGCAAGGGAGAAGGAGGUGGAGAGAGCAGGCGAAGCGACUGAAAUGGAACGUGCACUCUCGGACGUACAGGCACAGUGUGAUGCGGAACUGCAGAAAAAGGAUGAGGAAAUCGCAGCGCUGAAGGCGGAGUGGGAGGAUGCCAAAGAGGAAUGGGAGGCAGAGAAAGCUCUGCAUGGUAUCCAGACUUCCCCCGAUACGUCCUUGCAGGGUCUGCUUGCCUCAGUCGCGUCUCAUCUUGAAACGUUGUCAGCUGCGUUGCAGGGGCAUAGUGAUAGACAUGCACGCUUUGGAGAUGAGUUGCGAGUGCACAUGGAGGAGAACGAGACUCUCUUAAAGGACCUGGAUGCCGUUCGCUUGGAAAGGGAUAACGCACAACUUGAAGUCCAAUCCCUUGAGUCACGAGUCAAGGAACUCUCCGAUGCCUCGUCAACACCCUCCGAACCCCCAGUCGAAUACACAGGCGAAGCAGCAGACAUCAUCGCUAUUCUUCAACCCAUCUGGAACAUCCUCCCCGCGCCCGAACUUCGCGCCGCGAAACUCAGCAGCAAACGACACCUCCGAAACCCUUCCAUGAUCUCAAAUCCUGGCAGAUCAUCGCCAUUGCCAUCACCAUCCAAAUCCACUCUUUCUGACACGGACGUACGCGCACUCAAAACUCUUUAUGAUGUCCGCCCCCAACUUCCUCCUACCCCUACUUCAGCAACUAGUCCUUCACCCCAAAAGCAGAGUAGAGGCACAUUCAGCGUCGAAGCAUUUGUCUCGCGCGUUCAAGCGCUUAUCAUAGACGAUCGAGCAUUAAUCGAAAGACUGAUACGAUUCGCCCAAGCACACGACCUCCUCAAGAAGAACGCAGAACGCGCUCAAAAACUCGCACAAGAGAGUAAUACAGCGCUAGAGACGUACCAGCGGCAGGUAUCGACGCUUGAGCGGCAGAAUACCUCUUUGGUGUCGAAGCAAAAUGCCUUAUACGUGAAGCUACAGGACGCUAUUGAACGUGCGGUCUGUGAGGCCCGCGAGAUGGAGAUGCAUGCUGCGGAUCAAGCGGAGACGUCUGCUUCUGCGCCUGAGAAGGUGCGCAAGCAACUUGAAGGUCAACUUACCGAGUGCACGGAGGCUUUGCGGCAGGCGACAGAGGAGAUAAAUGAUAUGAGGAUGUCGGAGCAGACGCAGAGGAUUGCGUUGUUGGAUGAGCUUAAUUCGGUUCAGACGGAGAAUGGGAAUUUGAGGGCGCAGUUGAGGGCGAAGAGAUAA